GUGAGAGGCUGGGAACCUGGGGCGUCGGGGUAGACUCGGAGCUCUCAGUGCUUAGGGGCGGUGGCAGGCGUGGAGUUGACGUGUCUCUGUUUGGAGGCCCUUCUCUCUGUCUGGGACUCGACGGGGCGUAGGGAGCGCCAAGUCCACGGAACCUCCCGGGAGGCCUGCGGGGAUGGGGUUUUCCGGCUGACGGAUCCCGUGGGCGGACGCGGAGGUUUCUUAUGGAGCCUUAGUGUCGGCCGUUUUUGAACCUGGAGGGAUGAAAUGGUGUUUUUGAGUCCAUGCUCUAUUAUUUUUAUUAUUGUUAUUGGUUGAAGGAUUUGCUGAUUGUUCCUGUGGAUUCCUGGAGUGCCCCCAAGGAAUAAGGGGGUGGAUAGUGUCUUCGAUUCCUUCUUCACUUCUUGGAUUUAGUGUCAGAAAGCCUAUGUGGCUAGAAUUAUCGCUGGAUCUCACCCUUGGUUUCCUCUGCACUUAAUGUAAUAUGACACUAAUCUAUAAAGUAUCUAUGUUUCUUAAGUCCCUGGCUCUUGGUGACUGUAGAAAGGACUUCCAGUCUUCUUUUGGGCUUUCAUAGUUCUUUGGAACAUUAAAGUCGAAUCACAGUGUAUUAGAAUCGUUUAUCUGUUCUCUCACAGUAGUUUGUGACCCUGGCCUACAUUUUAUUCGUUUUGGAUUUCUUCCCCACCGAGAGACUGCCAAAAUACCUAUCAUGUGAGAGACCCAUAAAUAUUGGGGGAGAAAAGUGAGUUCACUGCUGGUGGUAGAUUGGGUGGAUUUUCUUAUUUUCAUUUCAUAGAUGAGUUAAAUGACUUGCUUAAGAGAACAUUCUUAGAAUUGAAACCAGCACUAGAAGUCGAGACAAAUGACACCCACCCUGUGGCUCUUGCUAGCAAAUCAGGCUUUGAAACCCUGGAACAUGGAAAAUAAGUCUUUCUCACUUUGUGUGCCCCCAGCCUUGCUGUCUCUAUCGUAGGUCUCUAAAGACAGGUAGGCCCAACUUAAGACGAGAGAGAUCCCAGAGCUGGAGCAGCCAAUCUACUAGUGUUGGUGCUACCUGGGGAGAUGCAAAGCAAGGACUCCUGAGACAUUCGAGUUCUCCAUAGCUCCCUUCUCUGAUGUAUCAGAGCCCACUUGGCCGUGGGUAGCCACCUGGGGAGAUCUGUUAAAGACUUAUGAGAGAUCAAUUUGGGGGAAGAGUACCUAAGUUUGUCCCCUGAAUUUUUUCUCUUUUCCUCUAGGCUAGGGUCAGAGAACAGGUUGAUGAGUCAAGUUGUUAUGUCAGCCCUGAGUUCCCAUGUGGGGGAAAAGGUAACUCUUGACCUGAACAUGGGGUCGAGCAGGAGAAAGAAUCAUGGUCCCUGCUCUCUGGGAAGUCCAUAUGUGAUAGAAAUAUGUCCAGAGCCUCAAGCCGUGGGAAGCAAACAGUACAAGUGGGCAGCUGAUCCUUCAGUGAACUCUGGGUAUAAAAGUGGAGAGGAGUCCAUCAGGAAAGGCUCCUUGGUAGAAGGUAGUUUUAAAUAGUUAUGGACAGAGCUGAGCAUGUGUUGACUACCUAAUAAGAACUCAGACCUUGGAGAUGUAGAGGGAAUUUGAGCAGUGACUGGCCUCUGAUUUCAAGUGUGUGGGGUAAGGGACAAGGUAUGAUUUCAUGAAGAAGCCACGAAGGUAACACUAUCCUUCACCAACCAUUAGAAACACCUGAGAAACUUGUUUAAAAUACAGAUUCUCAGGCUUUGCGCUAGACCUACUCUGUUGGGUGGGGCUGGGAAGCUAUGGCAAAUGCUGGCAUGUCUUGACGAGGGAGGGCUUUACCAGAGGGGUAGUUUGACCUGCAUCUUGAAGGGUGAGUAUGAUUUGAAUGUGUGGAGAGUUGAGGAGUCACACUCCUGGUUGACUCAAUCUGUGUAUUUGGUUGGGUUUGUAGAAAUGACGUGCAAAGUUUUAGGUGUUGGGGUAGGAAAGAUAUUUUGAAAGUGUGAGUGGAAUGGUUAGGCUGGAACUGGGUUUGCGUGGGAGUGGUGAGAAGGACGAUUGGAAGGAAUGGACUUUGUAGGUUACAAAGCUUACUAGAGUGCUCCCUCUGCCUUCUUACCUCUUCCCUCUUUCUCUUUUUCCCUUCCUCCUCCCCCUUACACAUAGCAUCUCAUUCUAUCCCUUAUAUCAGUAUUAUUAAGUGGGUAUUCUUAUUCGUAGUAUUUGGAUGAGGAAGCUGAAGGCUCUGGCCAUGGUUAUGUAGCUCGUAAGAGUCUAUUCUGAGAGUGGUAUCAUCCCACUCACCACUAAGGAUUCUUGAAUGUGGUCAAGAAGCUGGGCUGGGGCAGGGAGUGUAGAAUUAGCAGGGUGGCUGAUCAAACAUGUGGGUGGUUAAGAGCACAGCCUUGUAUCACAUAGUUUGGGUUCAAAUCCCAGCUUCAUGUCUUGCUAACUGUGUGACCCUGGGGAACGGUUACGUGGCUGUGCCCCAUGCUUACCCAUUGGGGCCUCAAGUGUCCUGGGAGCCGGCAAGUGUCCUGAUGGAGCCCCAGCCCUGCCCUCAGAGUUUGGCUGAGGGCUUUCUGGAGGAGGAGCUUCGGCUCAAUGCUGAGCUGAACCAACUGCAGUUUUCGGAGCCCGUGGGCAUUAUUUACAAUCCUGUGGAAUAUGCAUGGGAGCCACAUCGCAGCUACGUGACCCGCUACUGCCAGGGCCCCAAGGAAGUGCUCUUCCUGGGCAUGAACCCGGGACCCUUUGGCAUGGCCCAGACUGGGGUGCCCUUUGGGGAAGUGAGUGUAGUCCGAGACUGGUUGGGCAUUUGUGGCCCAGUGCGGACCCCUCCCCAAGAGCACCCUAAGCGACCAGUGCUGGGACUGGAGUGCCCACAGUCAGAGGUGAGCGGCGCCCGGUUCUGGGGCUUUUUCCGGAAUCUCUGUGGACAGCCCGAUGUCUUCUUCCAUCACUGUUUUGUACAUAAUCUGUGUCCUCUGCUCUUCUUGGCUCCCAGUGGGCGCAAUCUCACCCCUGCUGAGCUGCCUGCCAAACAGCGAGAACAGCUUCUUGGGCUCUGUGAUGCGGCUCUCUGCCGGCAGGUGCAGAUGCUGGGGGUGCGGCUGGUGGUGGGAGUGGGGCGGCUGGCGGAGCAGCGGGCGCGGCGGGCUCUGGUAGGCCUGAUGCCCGAGGUCCAGGUGGAAGGGCUCCUGCACCCCUCACCUCGGAGCCCACAGGCCAACAGGGGUUGGGAGGCACUGGCCAAGGACAGACUGAAUGAGCUGGGACUGCUGCCGCUGUUAACAAAAUGAGCCCCCUUGGGGGUAGGACACUUUCAAGGCCGGCAAAUCGUUCUUGGGCAAUGAGAUGACUAUAUGCCUCCUGGACUGGAGCAACAAGGUCCUCCUUGGUUGCUAGAACCUGCCGUGGCAGUUUUGACACUACUACUUGCCCUCCUGAUUCCUGCUUUCUUCCCCAUCCUUUGAGCAUUGCCUCUUUGGUCCCAGGGUACCUCAUUCCACAGAGUCAGCACCUGCAAACUGCUUACUUCACUGUUUCCUUGGGAGCCUGUAUUCAACUGAGAGUGACUUCUGUUUUAGAGAAAAGAUCCUGCCAGGAUACCCACACAUUCUGAUAGAACAGUGCCCUUCAGCGGACCCUUUUCGUCGCACAGACCAGGACAAAGCAUGGGACAUGGAUGUUAAGAAUGAACUUAUGGAAGACAGGCUGGAUUGGAGAAAGAAUUCAGUGUGGCAGAGUGGGAAAGAUUAGAAGACCUCGAGUUUCAUUCCAGCUUUGACACUUGUGAACUUUAUGACUUUGGACAAGUUCAUUAACUUCUCCAAGCCUCAGAAUCCUCAUCUGUAAAAUGGGGAUCCCUACCUCAUGGGUUUAGUGUGAGGAUUAAUUGACGUAACACUUGAAAGUGCCUUGUGUGUUGCCUGGCACAUGAGUGCUUGUUACACCUCUUCUUUCUUGCCUCUGGGGUGGGGAGUCACUGCACUACAAGGGAAGACCCUCCAUUUGAAGACCUUGCUGAGCAGUGGGGUGGUAGUGGGGGUGGAGGUAGUGGGGGUCUCCACCUGAGGCCUGGGUGAGGGGCAGACUCUUGCCCUGCCAGAGAUGGAUCAAUGACAUUAUGAAAAGCCCAACCUAUCAUUUUUCAGUCUAAGCAUUAAAAGCUCCUAUAUCUUUU